GUGGUUUCCACUGGGAAAUAUUCAGCGACAUUUCUGCGAAUUGAUGAUGUUAUUGAUGUGCUUGGUUUCAUUCCAAAUGGUGGUUACGUCGACUCCAAUGACAGAGAGAAGACGACUUGAAUUGAGGAGAUGUUCAAUCAUGGGUGGCACAACUAUCUUGAACAUGCAUACCCCGCUGAUGAGCUUAACCCUGUUCAAUGUAAUGGAAGAGGAAGUGAUAAAUCUGACCCGACAAAUAUAAAUAUCAAUGAUGUACUUGGAGAUUAUUCUCUCACCCUAGUAGAUACAUUGGACACCUUGGCUAUUAUGGGUACCCAAGAUCAAUUUGAAGAAGCAGUCCGGCUCGUAUUAGAACAAGUUUCAUUUGACAAGGACAGUAAAGUUCAAGUAUUCGAAUUGAAUAUCCGUGCCCUGGGUGGUUUGCUUUCUGCUCAUGUAUUUGCUUCAGAUCCUUCAUUUGGUCACAGCAUCAAGGGUUACAAUGGUGGCCUAUUGAACCUCGCAGAAGAUCUUGCAAACCGACUACUUCCAGCCUUCCAGUCAUCUAAAACCGGAAUACCAUAUCCUCGUGUCAAUCUUAGGUAUGGUGUGCCUAGAACAGAAACCGUAGAAACAUGUACUGCUGGUGCUGGAAGUCUUGUGUUGGAAUUUGGUGUUCUUAGUCGACUGACAGGAAAUCCCUAUUACGAGAGUGUCGCAAAACGUGCUCUCAAGGCAAUUUGGGACCGGCGAUCACCAUUAGACCUACUUGGAAAUGUGAUUAACAUCCAGACCGGCCAAUGGAUCCACACUGCAUCUUCUACCGGGGCCGGCAUUGACUCCUUUUUUGAGUACGUUCUCAAGGCCUAUGUGCUGUUUGGCGAGACCGAGUACCUCAACAUGUUUGAGGAUGCCUAUGGGGCAAUCUUACAGCACAUCCGAGACCCGAGUGGAUACAUCUAUCGCAAUGUGCACAUGAGUUCAGGUACUCUGAUGGCCACCUGGAUCGACAGUCUUAGUGCAUUUAUGCCUGGUCUCCAGGUCCUUCAUGGCGAUCUUGAGUCGGCCAUCAAGGGGCACUUGAUAUUCUAUAACAUCUGGAAACGAUACCACGCUCUCCCCGAACGAUUCGACUACUACCAAAAGACAGUCGACAUUGCAUUUUACCCCCUCCGACCCGAAUUUGUUGAAUCAACCUAUCAUCUCUACCGCGCAACCCGAGACCCUUUUUACCUGCAAGUUGGCGAGAUGAUCAUCGAGGAUCUUAACAAUCGGACCAGACUGGCUUGUGGAUUUGCAAACAUUGGAGAUGUCCGGACCGGUAGACUUGAAGACCGGAUGGAAAGUUUUGUGCUCAGUGAGACACUAAAGUAUCUCUAUCUUUUAUUUGAUAUCUGUAAGUCAACAAGCUUAUAUGAUGUUUAUGGUUGUCAUGGUAAUAUACAUGUAUUUAAACUAAUUUUUUCUUAUUGA